CCAGUGGUAACACUCGGCCUGGGUUCCAUUGCCGACUCGGGCGCGUUAUCCCGCAGAGUUUGUGUGUUCUCUCUCUCUCCCGUAGCCAAAUAUAUAUUUAUAUAAAAGAGUCACAAUGUAACCGGUAUUGGCUGAAACUACAUCGCAGUGCUUGUAAAUUAACCACAGUGGCGAGAUGUGAACUCCCUCGCCUGGUAUGCAGGAGAUAGCGGGUUCGAUCUCAACCCUGAUGCCUGCUGCUGUAUAUUUGGCGUUUGCAUGUCUCUCUCUCUCUUUCUCCCUGUGGUCGCGUGGAUUCUUCUCCGGAUCGUCCGGUUUUUCCCUCCACAUUUAGAAACGUGUGUUUUGCCGAUAUAAAUUUCCACGUGAUAAGCCACUUCGUUUAGCUAUCAUUUGUGGCCAGGUCGCUUGUGAAAAGAGCCACAUAGCUCAGUAGGGCAUUGCCUGGUGAAAUAAAAAAUUAUUUAGUUUUAUAUUAGUUUCAACCAGCAAAUUACUCAAUUGGCAUCACACAGCAACAUCUCCCUCGACUGCGACAACUUGGCAGGACCCUCGUGAAAAGGAGACUCGGUGAGGCUUUCCUGCAGGGUCCUUCCCCCGCACCUCCGACGAGCACGAUUGGCUACGUACGGUGCGAAAGAAGUUCAACAUACGUGAACAAGCGCAGUAACAUUGCCAUCACUGUGACUGCUUUGCGUCGAAUUCUAUGAAGUGCAGUGAGGCAAGACCUGGGGGGCAGUCCGCCCCAGGUAUUACAGUGCCCCCGUGACAAAAUUUGGGUCACAAUCUCGCUAUUGCGUCUGUGCGUGCGUGGUUCUGGUGUUGUUUAGUCAACAACGAGCGGGCGGCUAAAGCACAGCAAGUUGCACAGUAGGGGGCACAGGUGAUGCAUCGGCAAGUAGUCUCGGUCAUCUCAGUCAGUCGACCCGUGGCACCUGGGUCUGCCCCGUGACCUCCUGCCAGCGGGCGUUCGACACUUCACGUGGCCUUAACGUGCACAUAGCCUGGCGCAAGCGCCGUGGUGACAUCGCCGCCACUUAGUGGCGAAUGGCGGCUGUUGUUGUUGUUAUUGGUCUGUUGUCCUUCCCCGCACUUCCGAUUGGCCUGGUUGGCUUCGUACGGUGCGAUCGAAGUUCAACGUGCUUACGUGCGGGAGCACCCGGCCUCCUCCCUGCCCCUGUGCAGCUGUGCAGCGUCACGUGAAGAAUAAAAAUUCAAUUUCAACAGUUCCACUGCUCGCUUCUCUGCUUUAUCGUUGAAGGGGAUUGGCAGUUCACCAAAAGCAUUGGUCCAGGCGAGCCUCAGGCAAGCCCGAACCAGGCAAGCCCGAACCAAUGCUUCUGAAAUUGUGCACUGGCAGGAGUCCGUGUGGCUGGUGAGAUGUGUAAACAAUGACUUGGAGUUGGUUCACAUGGAGGAACAGAUGUGGGAAGGAGGCGAACCGUCUGCCCAGUUACUUUGUUGGCUUCUCCACACUCGAGACAGCCGUGAUGGUUCGUUUGUGUUGUUAACUCCUGCUGCUCACAUGAGCCACGUCAAGGCUUAGGAUGCUCCUCUUCCGGUUACAGCCCCCGCAGAGCCAAUGGUGGAAAUUCCACAUCGCUAUGGCAGGCACGGCCAAGUCUCUAUUGAGCUUCCGCGAGUGGCGUGGUAUUGAUUUUAUUGCCCCCGGAGGGAGGAAUGAUGGGCCGAGCCGGCCUGCCCACCACAACCUAGGAUUGAACUCGCGACCUUCCGCUCGCCGCCCGCUCCAACGCCGAUCCGCCCGGGCCACGCGUUGGUUCACCGCGGUCGGUCCGUACGCGCGUGGGUGCAGCACUCGGUCCGUACGCGCGUGGGAUCAUCGCGCGUCCGUCCCGCGCUCGGUCCGCACGGGGUGAACACCAGCUGACCCCCGCUGUCCCCAGGUGACUUCGCGUCGAGAGCCCGGCCGCCCUCCGUGAUUGCCACACCCGACUCAAGUCCAGCGUUUCGGACUUUGUCCCCGCGAGCCGCCUCGUGUUGUUCCUGCUGCUGCUGCUAUCUGCUGCUGCUAUCUGCGCUGUUAUCUGCGCUGCUGUUAUCUGCGCUGCUAUCUGCUGGCCCGGUGCACGGGGCAGCUCAACACCGACCGUGUUGAUAACCGGGCAGAGCGCUCCGUCUCCCUCCUUCCCACGUCCGCCCUCCACGUAAGUAAAGUAAAAAACAAAGCGGUUUCUAUUUACAAGUCCCAUCGCCCACGCGGUCUUCCUUCCCGCGAGUUCGUCAUAGCGCCAGCUUUAGUUGAAUUCGAGAAAAAUUCUGGACCCCUUUCGACUUUCGGUGUCUCAUCGGCAGGGUUGGGAUUGCUUCAACCGAUGCUGGAGAGCUGCCAGAUGUUUAUCGGCAAGCAUGUGUGGCCGAUGGGACGUGUGAAACAACUCUUUGAGUUUUUUUAUGUGGAGAGGAAAGGUGAAGGAUUUAAAUUGUCGGCUCAAUUAUUGCGUUAAUGAUCAUUCCACAACUGCCACUAAACAUCCGGCCGUUCACCAGCAUCUGUUCAAGCAAGUCUGACUGCUGAAGAGACACUGCAAGUUGAAACGAGUCCAGAGUUUUUUCUUGUGUUGAACCAACGGUCUAAGCAGCCUGACUCUCCUGAUGAGACACUGCAUGUCUGCAUGUCGAAACUGGGGAGGCCCGGGUGGCGGAUGGGAGGUGUACAAGUAUAAACACGUGGUUUUUGCGGAGAGCCACACGCAACGGAAGGUUCGUCAUCUCAAAACGUUCUUUGCUCUGUUCGUCGCACGGUUGCGUGCGGCGAGCGCCCUUUGCGUGCCGCGCCGCCGGCUGCGACGGGGGCCGCCGGCGGCUCUGGAGUCGUGUGCGGCUCUCGCGGAGUCACCGCCUUAUCGGCGCCGCGCCGUUGCGGGUCACGCACGGCACCCGAUAACGUUUGUGGCGUCUUGUAGGUGAACCCGCGUGCGUGCGCGUGAGUUUACGUGACAAAGUCCAUGUGAGUUUUAAGUUCACCCCGCUGGCGCUGGACGGGCACGGGGCGUGCCGGCACUCUGCGGAGGAGCGGCGCAAGAGGAGGACGGGACGCAUCGACCGCGGGAGACGCGCGCCGACAGGCACGGCACGCACGCAGCACGGACCGUGACAGGCCCCGGUUUGCCGGCUCUUCCCCAUGGCUCUCGGGGGCGUCCCGAACCCGGCCUACGAGCAGCAGGAGGAGGAGGAGGAUGGGGGUCGUCGUGCCGCCGAGGAGCCUGCACCGGCCGAGGGGAGAAGCGGCCACGCCGGCCCGGAAGGCGACGAAGCCGGGAGGAGGAGGAAGGAGGAGCGGGAGGAGGAGGAGGUGGAGGAGGAGGAGGAGGAGGCUGGCGAGGGUCCGUGUGGGUGGUGGCGUGUGAGGCCCUCUUGCCUGCAGGUCUGCAACAACCCCAAGGGCUACCUGCUGUUCUUCGGACUCAUGUGCACCUUGCAGGGCGCGGCGGUGAACGGGCUGGUGAACGUGAGCAUCACCACCAUCGAGCAGCGCUUCGACCUGAGCAGCUCCCUCAUGGGGCUCGUGGCCGCGGGCUACGACAUCGCCUUCUGCGUCUGCACGCUGCCCGUCACCUUCCUGGGCGGCCGCGGGCACAAGCCGCGCUGGCUGGCGCUGGGCGCCGUCGUCAUGGGCGCCGGAUCGCUCGUGUUCGCGCUGCCGCACUUCACGGUCGGGCCCUACCGGCUCGGCGACGAACGGCUCGAGACGUGCUCAGCGACGCGCAACUCCUCGUCGUGCCCCCCGCCCGGGGGGGGCGGCGAUGCGGCCGCCCCCUCCCUCUCGGCGUACCUCUUCGUGUUCGUGCUGGGACAGCUGCUGCACGGCGCCGGCUGCACGCCGCUCUACACGCUCGGCACGGCCUUCAUGGACGAGAGCGUCACGCAGGCCCAGUCCUCGCUCUACAUUGGCAUCGCCUUCGGGAUGUCCGCGCUGGGUCCGGCCAUCGGCUACGUCGCCGGAGGGCAGCUGCUCAACAUCUACAUUGACGUGGACAGGAGCGGCAACGCCCCGCUGAGCCCCAGCGACUCGCGCUGGCUUGGCGCCUGGUGGAUCGGCUUCAUCGUCGCGUGCCUCCUCUCCUGGGCCAUCGCUGUACCGCUCUUCGCGUUCCCGCGCUCCCUGCCAGGCUCGGCGAGGCUGCGUGCGCGCUAUGUCUCCCAAGCGCACCAGGACGGCAGCGAGGAGGUGACGGCACGCGCCGGCUUCGGCUCCGGCUGGCGCGACUUCCCCACCGCCUUCAAGCUGCUGGUGAAGAACGCGGUGUUCAUGUGUGUGACGGUGGCCGGCUCCACCGAGGGCCUCGUGGUCGCUGGGUUCAUCACCUUCAUGCCCAAGUUCAUCGAGAACCAGUUCGGCCAGACGUCCUCCUUCGCAGCGCUGCUUGGAGGCUUGGUGAGCAUACCGGGGGCGGUGGUGGGUCAGGUCCUGGGGGGCCUCCUGGUCAGCAAGCUCCACCUGUCGUGCCGCCGGACGCUGCUGCUGGCGUCCGGCUCCUCGUUGGCUUCGCUGGCGCUCUGCGCCGUCUUCUACUUUGCGAGCUGCGAGAACGCGCCCUUCGCCGGGGUCACGCAGCCCUACAACGGGUCUGGCGAGGCGCUGCUGAUGCUGGAGGCCGAGUGCAACGCGCCCUGCGGCUGCGAGCGUUCGCUCUUCGCGCCGGUCUGCACCGACGACGGAGUGCAGUUCUUCUCCGCCUGCUACGCGGGCUGCACCACCAGCAUCCCACAGGGUUUUGCGAACUGCUCUUGUGUCGGGCUGGGAGGAGAAGGCCCCAGCGUGGGCCCCAGCGUGGAGCAGGGGAAGUGCGGCUCGACGUGCACCAACAUGCCUCUUUUCCUCGGCAUCUUCCUCCUCGUCAUCAUCUUCACCUUCAUCUCCAACACGCCCGCCAUCAACAUCACGCUGCGGUGUGUCCCGGCGAGCCAGCGCUCGUUUGCUCUGGGCGUGCAGUGGCUCUUCAUCCGCGCGCUGGGCACCAUCCCCGGGCCGAUCCUCUUCGGAGUGAUCAUCGACAAGACGUGCAUCCUGUGGAGCGAGAAGCCGUGCGGGGAGCGCGGCGCGUGCUGGACGUACGACAACCCCACCAUGUCGCUGCUGCUGCUCGCCAUCGGCGCGUGCUGCAAGGUGGUGACCAUCGUCUUCUUCCUGGUGGCCUUCUUCGUGUACAAGGGGCCGGCGAAAACGGCCGCCCCGGCGGACGGCGCAGAUCCCCUGGACUCGUCGCACCUCCCGGACCCCGCGGCCAGCUCGCUGGACAGCGGCUACAGCGACGUCCCCUCGUGCAUCGAGAGCAAGCAGCUCUAGCGACGCUUCGUCAUCGUCGUCAUCGGCCGUGGUCUGUCCGCCGCCGGAUGCGAUGUAUCGAGCAAGUUGACCUCUGAGCGAACCGCCGUAGCAGAUUCUGACGGGGACAGCUGCCGCUGGGGGGAUCCUCUUGGCUCGGCCGCAGCAGGGCAAUCGGAACGCUCGAGAUGGGAUGUUGAAGCACGCUGCUGUGAGGUGACGAGGAUUUCAAGCCGGCGCCACUAACGACCAAAGAUGUCACGCCACCCCGCCCGCCCGUCCCGCGCUGCUCGUUAGGGAUGCGCUGCUCGUUAGGGAUGUGCUGCUCUUUAGGGAUGCCGUGACGCCAUCAGCAGGAGUUAGGCCGUGCCGGCGUCGCGGUGCCAAUUUGAAAACGCGACACCGCAAAUGUGCCCGCUUGCAAUUACACGCGUGGCCCAUCGUCACGAGCUGUGGCGAAAACUUGGCAGGACCCUCCUGCAAAACGGUCAUGAGACUCGGUGAGGCUGUCCUGGGUAAACAAACGGAACAUGAAGCAGUCUCCCUCUUUAACCCCCUUCCGUUCAUCUCUUAAAGCCUCACCUCUUCUCUAUUGCCCAUUCCCUUCCCUCUCCUCGCCCCUCCGACCCCCCCUACAGCCCUUCCGUGACCCCACGUGCCCUCCUCUUGUUACGGUCACUCCUUCCUCGGCCCUUGCACUGCCCUUGUUACCGCUUGUAGAACCAUGUCAUCGGGCACCUUGAGCUAAGGCGCUCUAUAAAUACAAAGUAAGAUCAUAUGAUAAUACAAAUAAAACAUGCAAAUCCUCAUCCGAACCUCAUAUGCCCCGCAUUGCUGAUCUGCCAUCGUUGUAUAGAUUCGCGUUUGGACGUCAUCCCCGGCCUCUGCACACAGACAGUCGACAAUUACGUGGCCUCUUAAUAUUUGAAUAUUGACACUGCACUUUUUUUUUACCAGCUCCAUGUAUUAUGAUUAUUGCUACACUUGCAUCACCCAGGAGAUCCUCACCGAGUCUCAAGACUACUUUUCAGGAGGGUCCUGCCAGGUGUUCGCAGUCGGGGACGAUGCCACCGCUUGCUACCGCUUGCUGCCGUGUGUGAACCCAAUCGAGUAACUUGCAGGCGAUUUGUCAGCAUUGGGAGAUCCCGGAGGGAACCCACGCAGACCAGGGGGCUGGGGAGCGAGAGACGGAGGAGGACAUACAGACUCCACGCAGAGAGGCGCCCGGGUUGGGGAUCUCACCCAGCCCCUCCUGGCUGUGAGGCACGAGCGUCACCCCCGCACUCCCCCCCCCGCCACAGGGUCUAAAGCAAGCAUUGGUUGAUUGAAGUGUAAAUCUAGUUUUAAGUUUUUGUAACUACAGGGAUCCAUACUUUUGGUUCUUUCGGUAAAGUCACGUAGGUAUAAAAUCAAAUAAAUAAAAUCACGACGUUUCGGGCGCAACACAAGCGGCCGUCAUCAGGUGGGACAACCACAGCAAUAAACAAUUGCUGAAGUGUUUCUUGCUGUGGUUGUGUUGCGCCCGAAACAUCGUGUCCGGAUCUCAAUGUCACCGUGGUCCCACCCAUCUCUACCUCAUCCGCCUCCCGGUGACAGCGACCACACCGUGCUGCCCUGAUCUGUUCCCACCCUACAAGUCGCUCACCCGAUCCUUUCAUGACCCCCCCCCCCCCCCCCCCCCAGCGGUCUCCUCUGCGGUGCGCCAGGAACCAGAGAGCUCACGGCAACGUUUUUGCUUGGUGGCAUUGAAUAAAAUCUCUCGUUCUCUCUCUCUGGCCUGCGCGAAUGUCAUGGAAGCCACCGCAGCCGCCAACGCUCAUUGGUUAGCGCCAACAAAGGUGACAAAUGGACGCGUCGUUUUUACACAUCCCACCAGCGACGCGGCCUUCCUUCUGGGGGGCGCCCAAUUGCGGCGGCGUUGGCUUCCAGGCAAGCGCAACUCGGGGUCCGGUUUCGACGUUCGCUCUACGCUAACGUUGACGUGUGUGCGCGUGUCCACUUGGGAAGCGGUUUCGUGUGAUUUGAGAAACAUAAAUGAGUGUGUGCGUGUUGUCACGGAGUUCUGCGGACGCGUGUCCACUGCGCGCGACGCUCGCGUAGAAAGUCACCGCCGCUGAAGAGAGGCUCGCUACCGUUGAGGUUUAAUAAAAGCAGAAUUUUGUAAA